AUGAAAAUUGAAAAUCAAGUAGCGGACAGAAAUUUACAUUUGUCGCAAAAUGUAGGAAAACUUCUAAAUGUAACACCUGAUGAUAAGGACGCUGUAUUGAGACAUUAUAAAAUAUCAUCAAAAGGGCUGCAAGAAAUUGUGAAUUCAAUACAAGAAUGGUAUGGAAAACAACUUCAUCUACCUCGAGGGCAAUUAGAUGACAAAAUAAUAGUUCAACAUUUGAUUUUAAAAGGAUUUAACAUGGAGGAGGUGAAGGAUAAAAUUGAUAACUUUUUCUCAGCUAAACAUAAAAUGCCUGAAAUUUUGCUAAACAGAGACCCUUUUUCACCGGACAUUGAUAGAUAUUUAAAAUUUGCGUUUUGUGUAAUAUUACCGAAGAAGACACCUAUGAAUCACCGAGUGUCUAUUUUUAGAUUGCAGAGGCCGUUCGACUUUAUUGCUGUUGACGUAAUGAAAAUGGCUUUCAUGUUGUUGGAAUACCGAAUGCGUAAUGAUAUAUCAUUGGGGGAGCAAUGGAUCUUUGACCUAACAAAUGUUUGCUUUCAAAACUCCGUUCAAAUGACUCCAGUGUUAAUGACAAAGUUUAUAUAUUACGUGAGGUUUUACUUUGGAUCCAAAAUUAAAGGCAUACAUCUUGUAAAUAUGCCAUCUUUCGUAGCACCGUUAUUAAAUAUUGCGAAGAAGGUCAUGAAACCUAAAGUUGCAAAAAGAAUAUACGUAUAUAACAGCUUCAAUCAAAUAUAUCAGAUAUUGCCAAGAAAUAUUUUGCCCAAAGAGUACGGGGGGGAUGAGCUCAGCUGCCAAGAAAUAGCAGACGAAUGGAGAAAAGCGAUACAAACUGAUGCAUGGAGAACAUAUUUUGCUGAACAAGACAAACUACUAAGUGAUGAAUCUAAAAGAACUAGUUCUUUAAGCUCUGAUGACUUUUUUGGAUGUGAAGGAUCGUUCAAAAAACUGGAAGUUGAUUAA